UCUGCAUGGAGCAGACUAGCUGAUUGCGGCGAGUCUAAAAACAUCCAGCGAAACGUGUAAAAAGUUGAAUUACACUGGUCAUCGUUUGAAAUUUCUUUAUUGUUUAUUCCUUUAUUCAUUGAUUAGAACGUCUUAAGUCAAUUGAAAAAUGUUUUCAACAAGACUAUUAAAGCAAGCUUCAUACUCAAGAGUGAUGAUUCAAAUUCAAGUGGCUGGAAUGAAGAAUUUUCAACCCCCACCUGAUUAUUCACACAUUCAACUGCCUGAGAGACCAAAAUUACAAUUCAAGGAUAAAGUGCCUACAUAUCCUUCCAAUUUGAAACCUCCCAAAAUGUCCAAACGACUCACUUUCAUGAGAGGGCCUGAGCCAAUUCAUACAGAGUUCAUCCACAAACAGUAUGGCAUUGUGGCAUUGUGUGGAGGUAGAUUACAUUCUGGCCACAUUGAAAUGAUCAGGAUGACAAUCAAUAGAAAGAUGGAUCCAUCCAAAAUGUUUGCAGUAUGGAGAAUUGAUUCACCCUGGCAACCCCUUACGCGGAAGGGUCAAGGAAAACGAAUGGGUGGAGGUAAAGGUGCCAUCGAUCAUUAUGUCGUUCCUAUAAAGGCUGGCCGUGUCAUCGUCGAGCUUGGCGGAAAAUGCGAAUUCGAGCAAGCAUUGCCAUUCUUGAAGGAAGUCGCCCACAUCCUUCCAUUCAAAGCUAAGGCAACCAGCUAUGAACUUAUGGAAGCUGAGAAAAUUGAACAACAGCGGUUACAAAAAGCCAACAUUAAUCCAUACACUGCUGAAUAUGUUAUACGAAAUAAUAUGGGAGGCUGUCACACAUGGAUCUCGCCAAGUGACAAAAAAUGGUAUUUCAAAUAUGUCUAGCUAAGUUGUUUUUUAAACAGUCAAUACACAUUUAGAAGUUAA